AAAAAGAAAAAUCAACAACACAACAAUAAGUGUGUAUGUCUGUAUUCUGUCACAGACAAAGUGUUUAUAAACUUUGAAAUGUGAAAAAAUGUAAGUAUUUAAGCAUUAAAGUUUUUAAACACUCUGGGCAAUAUCAAGGUCAUCAAAAAUGGUUUAGGUCAUGCCCUGUAUAUUGUACAAUAAAUCGUUAUAGUAAUUAUCGAGAUAGGCCUGACUCUUACAGUACAGUGAUUCGCUGUAGGUCUGUACUCACACCUCUUUGACGUUUUUUUCACCAUUUUCACUUUUGGAAAACUCAGAUUGUAUAAUGUAAGCCAAAUGCACCCAAAAGAAAACAGGAUUAUGGUAAAAUAAUAAAUUAAUAAAACAGGAAAACAUUAUAACCUGUAAGUCUAACCAGCCUCUCCUGCCCCUCCCACCUGUAAAGAGGUACCAACUCUAUUUACACACAGUGUAAAGAGGAGCUAUUUCUGUCCCUCCCCUGAGAGGCCUGUGAAAUACUCAGCCUGCCGGUGGGUGAGGAGGGAAGUGUUUGACAACAUGUUGGGCACUAAAAUGGUAAUGAGAUUUACCACGAUGAUUAUUAUUAUUGUUAUAUUGUUUAAGCAUCGUCAUCAUGAUGUACGCGUGCGUAAUAGUCACAUCGCAGGACGUGCGAUGUCACUUAAGGCAAUUAAAUCAAACACGUCAUGUUGCAGUGUUUUGAUUCUUGACACUAGAAGCAGAUACACAGCGCUGUCUCUGUGUCUGUGUGAGUGACAGGCUGCUGCUGCCUGAGAAGCGUGAAGGGGGAGCAGGAGUAAACACGAGCUACCCCACCACCUCUCGGGCUGGACUGUGCGGCAGCAGCAGCGGCCCGGCCCCCGCGCCCCCCGGCCAUGGCGACCCGCAUUGGCCUGCGGUUGCAGCUCAUGCGCGACCAGAUGCAGCAGGAGGAGCUGCGGGAGAGGCAGCAGCAGCAGGCGGCGGCCAUGCAGUACAUGCAGCAGCGAGCGCCCAGGCCUCCCGCCCCCACGCCCGCCAUCAACGCACCCAUGCACUUCCAGUCACCCAUGCAGGUGCCCGUAGAGGUGCUGAAGGUACAGACUCACCUGGAGAACCCCACGGACUACCACAUCCGCCAGUCCCAGCGCCAGCAGGUCAAGGAGUACCUCUCCACCACCUACGCCACCAAGCAGGCAGUGCACGCUGUAGCGGGCGUGGUCCACCCCUCUCCGCCCAACAUGGCCCAGGUGCAGUCUGCUGGUGCCCCGCCUCCCCUGCCCUCGCCACACAUGCGCACUGAGCAGCUCAUGAACUCAGCGGGGAACAGCGCCCCCAACAGCCCAAUGGCCAUGCUAAACAUCAGCGGCAGCCACGAGAAAGAGAUGGAGGAUGUUAUCGACGACAUCAUCAGCAUGCAGUCGAGCUAUGAUGACAUACAGAAUUACGUUGACCCUGUGAUGCCAAACACGCUCCCUCUGUCCAGCAGCCAUCUAGAUGUCUACACUGGACCGGGCAUGGCUGGCCCCACUAUCGCCAUGACCAGCAAUUCUUGCCCUGCCAACCUGGCCAUUAAGAGAGAGAUUUCAGAUGCAGAAGCCCGAGCAAUGGCCAAGGAGCGCCAGAAGAAAGACAACCACAACCUGAUCGAAAGAAGGAGGAGAUUUAAUAUCAACGACCGCAUCAAGGAGCUGGGCACCAUGAUCCCCAAAACCAACGACCUGGACGUACGCUGGAACAAGGGCACCAUCCUGAGAGCCUCAGUGGAGUACAUUAAACGCAUGCAGAAGGACGUCCAGAGAACCAGGGAAGUGGAGAACAACUUCAAGAGAAUGGAGGUGGCCAACAAACAGCUGUGGCUCCGCAUCCAGGAACUGGAGAUGCAGGCCCGGUUGCACGGCCUCCCCAGUACCUCCCCCUCUGGCCUCGGGAACAACAUGGAGAUGAUGAACCCGUUCGUGAAGCAGGAGAGCAGCCCAGAGGAGAACCAUCACAAUCCUCACCAACCCCAUAUGCCCAUGCACCACUCCCAACAACAACAGCAGCAGCAGCAACAACAACAGCAGCAACAACAACAGCAGCACCAGCAGCAGCACCAGCAGCAGCACCCGGGCCAGCCUCAGCAGCCCCGAGGCCUGCCCCCUCUGCCCCAGCACCUGCACCCCCAGCCCCCGCCUCUGCAGUACUCGGCUGUGGGCAGCACCCAGCCUUUUGACUUUGCGCAUUCGCUGGACUUGUGCGACGGCGGGAUGCCAGGGGGCUACUCGGAUGGCCUGGGCUGCCUAGGGGACCUGAGCUCUCUGGGCGGCGGGGGAGGCUGUGGCUCCCAAAUGGGGAAGAAGAACGACAUGAGCUACAUGCUGAUGGAAGCCCUGUCGCCCCUCGGCGGCGACCCCCUGCUCUCGGCCAUGUCGCCCGAGGCGUCCGUGGACAGCAGCCGCCGAAGCAGCUUCAGCAUAGACGACGCGGAGAUACUGUGACCCGCCCGCCAGGCUUCCGAAGUCCAGACGCCAAUCGAGAUGCACCCCGAUACACACACAUGCACACACACGUUUGAGUAAAGCUGAGGUCCUGAUCCUCGGCCUUUACGGAUUGGACACACCGACAGCAGGACAGUUACGGCCUUGGCUCUAAUCAGUCUCAAUCUCAAUAAAAACAUACACCGAUCGAUCAGACUACACAUGUACACUCCUUGGUCCGAGUCACACACAGUACAGGCCUAAAGUUUGGGCACACCUUCUCUUUUUCAAUGUGUUUCCUUUAUUUUUAUGACUAUUUACAUUGUAGAUUCUCACUAAAGGCUUCAAAACUGUGAAUGAACACAUGUGGAGUUUUGUACUUAACAAAAAAAAAGUUAAAUAACUAAAAACAAUAUAAAUAUAUAUAUUCUAGUUUCUUCAAAAUAGCCACCCUUUGCUCUGACCACUUCUUUGUACACUCUUGGCAUCAUUCUCUCAAUGAGCUUCAAGAGGUGGUCACCUGAAAUGGUUUUCCAACAGUCUUGAAGAAAGGAGUUCCCAGAGGUGUUUAUUAGCACUUGUUGGCCCCUUUGCCUUCUUCACUCUGUGGUCCAGCUCACCCCAAACCAUCUGGAUUGGGUUCAGGUCCGGUGACUGUGGAGGCCAGGUAAUUUUUUUGUUAAGUACAUCAUAACUCCACAUGUGUUCAUUCAUAGUUUCGGUGCCUUCAGUGAGAAUCAACAAUUUAAAUAGUCAUGAAAAUACAUUGAAUGAGAAGGUGUGUCCAAACUUUUGACCUGUGUCGUACAUGCACUUCAAAGUCGUACACACACACACUUACACACUUACCGACAUGGCCAAAGGGUCUUGAAAUUAUUGCCAGUUCAAAGUGUUCCUGUCCAUAGAAGGGAAAAAAUAUAUAUAUACCCAAAAUAUGUAAGACGUAAGAUGACACUGCCAAAAUGUUGUUAAAAUCUAAAAAAAGAAAGAAAAAAAUCUAAAAGGAACUAUACUGAAGAUUUAUUCCAGAAGUGAGCAACCUUGCAUGGUACAUUCACACUACAGUGAAGCAACAGCGACGCAAAAGCGAAGCAAAGCAAAAUCAAAAGCAAAGGGAAUCGGCACAAAAUAACACUUAGGAAUGCACUAAACCAAAAACUUUUACUUUACAGGUCACAUUUUUUGAGAUACAGUCACCAAAUUUGGAAGACACAUAGGACAUAUAUCAUAUUUCUAUGCUUUAAGCUUUAAAAAAUGAUCUAUAGUACAGUUUUUUUUAAAAAAAGAAAGAAAGAUAGCAAGAAGGAAUGGCAAACGUUUUGGCAUGCCAAGAUUUAGCCACAUGUUUGUGGACUCCAGCAUUUUGACAGAAAUAUAAAGCAACACCAUAGCAACCACCUAGCAAGUCCUUAGCAACUGCAAAGCAACUGUCUACCAACACCUUAGGAACCACCCAGACAUUUCUUAGUAACCAACAGCUAUAGUAGUAGGGCAACACCUUAACAGCCACCUUGCAACAUCUUAGUAACCAAAAGCUAUAGUAGUGAGGCAACACCUUAACAACCACCUUGCAACAUCGUAGUUACCAAAAGCUAUAGUAGUGAGGCAACACCUUAACAACCACCUUGCAACAUCUUAGUAACCAACAGCUAUAGUAGUAGGGCAACAUCUUAACAACCACCUUGCAAUAUCUUAGUAACCAACAGCUAUAGUAGUAGGUCAACACCUUAACAACCACCUUGCAACAUCUAGCCACCUUGCAAAAUCUUAUACAACAGCUAUACUGUAGCAACAUCUCUGCAACCACCUGGCAACACCACGGCAACCAACUAGGCUUUUGUCGUCAUGAAGCCCAGCGAAAUUCGCUUCUUCAUUACUUCUACAUCACAAAUUAGAUUUUGUUUUGCCUUGUUUGCGCUUCUACCACUCUAACAGUCCUUUACGCAAAACUGUUGCUUGUGCACAUGGCAAACAGUAAGAAGCGACGUUAAAAAUGCUUCACUUCGAUUCACUUCGCUUUGCUUCACUGCAGUGUGAAUGCUCUUUAAAUAACCAGUUUGCUCACACCUCUACUACUCACUGCCUACCAAACCUGUAAAUUCUAGUGCCAAAAGUUUAGGCAUUUUUUAGCAUUAAUCCCACAGCAGAGGGUUUAUUAAUGUGAGAUGAGUAGACAUUAAUAAACAUUAAAAUAAAAGUGAUCAUCCAAAGGCAGCUUUUUCUCGAGCAGGGAGUUUGUCCGAAACAAUAAGAAGUGAAGAAUCUGUUCAUCGCUUGAAGGUACUGUAGUCGAGGUACGUUGUCCGCGGUGGCUCGUCCGAGUCGCUCAGAUGCACAUACUGUAGUCCACAGGCACAGCAAGUUCUUGAAACGUGAAAGAAAUAAGUGUACUUAGGUGGGCCUGCUUUUGCAGCAUUAAUGCCAAUGCAGUGCUUUAGGUAGCUCAUGUACAGUAGCACUGAGGGCAACAUAAAGAGUUUUAUUUUGGUUUCAGUGUUUUUUAAAGGCGGACUUUGCGGAAUGAAGGAUAUGGCUACCGUCUCAGCAAGUCCGAUGGCGUCCAGCAGUACACCUGGACCUAUGAGGCCCUCGCCCUCCACCAAUUAGGUGCCUUUGAAUAGGAACGGGUCAAAUACGCCAAGCGAUCCGGUCCUAUCCACCUUAUUUUCUGUGAUGACAAGGAGCGGCCAUCUUUGUUUAUUUUGUGUUAGAACUUCCGGUCUGACAGCAGAUCCAUUGAUGUAGAUUACAACAACUGCGAUAAUAAACAUACAGAGUGAGCAAUAUAAAAUGCUCAGUUAGAGGAAGUCCCAAUAACUGAAACAGCACAAACACAAUGCUAACAAAAGAUUGGAGUGUUACGAACACAAUACAAAUGAAAAAGAUUGGCAAACUAUAAAUGAAACGCAAAAUAAAAAUAUUUAAGUCUUACGUACACCACACAAAAGAAAGAUUGGCCAAUUAUAAACACAACGCAAAAUAAAAGGAUUGGAGUGUUACAAACACAACGCAAAAACGAUUGGAGUGUUAUAAAAACAACACAAAAAAAGAAAAAUUGAGUCUCAUGAAAACAGACCAAAAACGAGUGUUAUAAAGUCAACCAAAAAAAAAAAUGGAGUGUUAUAAAAACAACACAAAAAAGAUUGGAGUGUUAUAAAUUCAACCAAAAAAAAUUGGAGUGUUAUAAAGUCAACCAUAAAAAUUUUUUAGGAGUGUUAUAAAAACAACACAAAAAAGAAAAAUUGUAUUAUAAUUUGUGUUAUAAAAACAACACAAAAAAGAUUGUAGUGUUAUAAAAACAAUAUAAAAUAAAAUUUGAGUCUCAAGAAAACAAAAAAAAAUUGUACAAACACAACACAAAAAUAUUAAAGUGUUACAAACACUAAACAAAUAUUACAGUGUUACGAACACAAUACAAAAAUAUUGGUGUUACAAACACAAAGCAAAAAAAAAAUUAAGUGUUACGAACACAAUGGAAAGUAGGUUGCAGUUCAUGCAAUGGUUAAAAUGGCAAAAUUCAUUUAAACCUAGAAAAAAAAACUGUAUUCAGUGUUCAGCCUUCAGCCAGAUAUUUCAUUUUGGUUUACUUUUGUCCAAAAAUGUUCAUUUUUAGGUACCUCCCUAAUAUAAGUUUUUUGUGUUGUUUUAGGUUCAAAAUUUAUGACAACCUGCAAAAAAAUUACUUGUUCAGUAUUUCGUCUAUAACUAAUAAGUUAUAAGGUUCUUCACUUCACUCUAAUCUUUAUGUGUUGUGUGUGUUUGUUCGAAAGCUAGUUAGCUACGCUAAAUGCUAAAUAGCUAGCUGUAAAUUACAUUAAACAGCUUGGAACGUUGGGUUUGCCAUUUCACACAAAAUGACCGGAAAUUCUAACACACAGGAAGAAGAAGAAAGACUCUUGAAAGUGGGCGUGGCUGAAUAAGGUGAAAUAAGGUGGAUACUGUAGGAAAAAGGAAGUGAAAUAUGAAGAGAAAAAUAAUGUAGUGUAUAUUUUUAUCUUUCUUUAUUUUCUUUUGUUCCUCUCUCUCUUUCUUUUUUCUCUUGCUCUCUCUUUCUCCCAAAGCACUGAAAGAAAUGAUAAAUGAUGAUUUUAUUGACUUUAUAAUAGAUGAUUUAUAUAUAAAAGUUUUAUUUCACGUUAUAUCUACGCAACUAAGCCACUUAAUGUUUUAUGCUAAAUUUUGCAUUGUACUUUUUGUCCUUUUUAUUUUAUUUGAUCUUCCAAAAAGAAAAAAGAAAAAACAAUGACCUUUUUUAUCUCGGUGCCGAGCCAUUUAUUAAAUAUGAAAAUAUUUAAAACCACUAGCCUUACUGUGUGUGGCCGGUGGAGAGCCAUAUUAUGUUUUUUUUUUUUCUUUUCUUUUUUUGUGUAAAAAUUGUUAAAAUUCAUCAGGCUUUUAAGAAAGUAAAAUAACAUGUAUCAUGUUGUUUUUUAUUUUAUAUUGAUUAGAUUUUUUUUGUAAACAUAGUUAUUCAAAGCAGAUGCAAUUGAGUGAUUUCUUUAAUUUCAUUCAAGUUUUAAUUCAUUCAAGCUUUAUGAAUGUGAAUUUUACCAAUUGUACAGUUAGUAGUUUAAAGUUAUAGCAGCAUGAUUUUUCUCUCAUGGUGCGUUUUAUCCUGAAAAAAAAAAGAUGAUACAUUUUCUUGUACUGUCAUUAAAGACAAAAAAACUGC